UUCACAAAAACAGAACAAACCCCAAAUUGUAAGAAGAAAGAAAACCUAAUGUUGAAUUCCUCAACCAUUCGAUCAAGCUUCGUAUAAACCCUACCUUCAACGAUACACGAUAAUCACUUCCAACUUAAGGGCCGCCACAAAAUUCAAGCUUUGCUUUUAUGUGCUGUGACACUUCAGUACUGUCAUGCACAACUGUGUUGACAGUGUUUGUAACACAUAUAAAGCAUAUAAAUUGGUGCAAUGGUAUCAUCUGGUAAAUCUGAUCUUUCAUCUUGUAGCCCAAGGCCACUAUAUAAACGUGGGUCCCAUACAGUUGCCGCAAUGGACAGAUCAGCAAGUUUUCGGGGGGACAACAUGGAAAAUCCAAUUUUAUCUUCCCUUCCAAGCAUGUCUAGAAGUAGUGUAAAUGUAAGUCAAGGAGACGUGACUAAUUUUUUUCAGUGCUUGCGGUUUGACCUAAAGUCAAUGGCUGCUGAAUAUAAGUGUAACCGACAUGGGGAUUUCAAGAGACUUGCAACUGCUGCCUUGUGUGCACCAGAUGAUUCACCAUCUGGUUUGUUCAAAGGCAAGCGGCCUUUUUCUUCACCUGAAAAUCUUAAACGAUUUAAGGUUGGUUUGCGUGAAUCAACAAUUAAAGCCAGGGAGAGAGUGAAGAUUUUUAGUGAUGUUUUGUCAGUGAUCAACAAGUGUUUUCCGUGUAUACCUUCAAGAAAGAGAUCUCGACCAGAUGCUUUUUCUGCUAUUGGAAAGAUGGCUAGUACUCAAAACCAUGCUGUUACUAGUGUCUUUGACUUUGACCAGCAAAAGGUAGAAGAGAGGGUUAAAAAUGGUAUUCCCAACAAACGAACCAGAACUUCCAUGGUGGAUCAAAGGACAGAUGUGCGACCAAACACUCCUGCAAGAUCAUCUGGAUCUGUAGAUAGGGUUAGAGAAGUUGCAAGACUCCCAAACAGUAAUACCCUUGAGAGUGUAGAUCGAGCAUUGCCAAUUGUAGCUGAUGGUUGGGAAAAAGCCAAAAUGAAGAAAAAGCGCACUGGAAUUAAGACUGAUGUGGCACCAAGUACUAGCUCAGUGUUGGCAAAACCUAUUGAUCGUAGCAGGAUGCAUCCAAGGUCAAGGUCAAAUGAUCUCCACGAGUUCAGGCCAGGAGUUGCUAAUGGAGUUACGCGUUCUUCCAUCCCGAACACACCCCUACUGCAUGUUAAAAAAGAUCAAACUACUAACUUGGAGCAUGAAAGAACAGUUGUGAAAGCUUUUAACAAGGGCAAUGACCGAGAAGACUUCAUUUCCGGUACACCCUCAUCUACCCCUAAAGUGCAUGCAAUUGCUCGGGGUCCAAGAUCAGGGUCAGGCGUGGUCCCUAAAUUGACCCAUGGCCAACACCCAGUUGUUUCCAACGGCUCGACCAACCGGAAGCGUGGUCUGUCAACACGGUCUUCAUCUCCACCUGUAGCCCAGUGGGCUGACCGUAGGCCCCAAAAGAUCUCACGUACAGCAAGGCGGACCAACCUUAUCCCUGUUCUAUCUACCAAUGACGAAAUUCCACCUUCGGGUAACAGAGUUAUAACCAAUUCUCCUAAACAGUUUAAAUCAAAAGGUGUUUGUAGUAUUCAGUCAUCUACACCAUCAGAAAGUGAGGAAUCGGGGGUGGCUGAAAUCCGACCUACGGAUAAUUUCAAGUCUGUUGAAGUUAAAGUUGAAGAUAAAGAUGGGCUUAAUGUUCAAAAGAUGUCAACUUUAGUCCUCCCCACACGAAAAAAUAAGUUUAUGAACCAGAAGCAACAUAGAAAUGGAAGGAGUUUUGCUUCUGUGCGAUCUGUUGGCAAUGUGGGGACAGAAAAACAUCUUAGAACUGACAGAGUUGGCUUUGAUAAGCCUGAAAGUAAAGUAGGUCGACCUCCCACUAGGAAACUCUCUGGUCGCAAAGCUUAUACCCGUCAAAAGCAUUUUGCAUUUACUGCUGCUACGGAUUUUGUCGAUGAUGGACAUGAAGAGCUUUUGGCUGCUGCAAAUGCUGUUAUUAAUCCUGUUUAUACAUCGUCCAGCCCUUUUUGGAGGCAGAUGGACCCACUUUUUGGUUUUGUAUCUGAUGCAGCAGUCACCUACUUAAAGCAAGAGGGAAGCAUACGAUCUACUGUUGACAUCACAAACCCUAUUGAUAAUUGUGAUGCAAAAAAUGGAACAGAAAGUAGUAGUGAAUGCUCAGGGAACUUAACGUCUCCUAGGGGAAUUUCUCUGUGUCGGAGGCUUCUUGCGGCCCUUAUUUCGGAAGAUGAUAACAAUGAAGAAUUAAACUGUAGUGUUUAUGGAUCUGCGUUUGAGGCGGAAACAGACUUAAUUGGCGGAGGCUUUUCAAGCAGUUACAGGAUAGAUUAUACAUUAAGAUCAUGUAAUGAGGUGGAUUCAGCAAUUGGUACAGGUUUUGACGAUUGCUACAACGGUUUACAUUUGGAUUCGUAUAGUAACACGUCCUUUGAUGAAAAACUUGUCAUGGAAAUUCACAGUCUUGGACUCUACCCAGAACCUGUGCCGGACUUGGUACACGGUGGAGAUGAAGACAUCAACAACGAUAUCAGUAGGCUGGAAGAAAAGCAUCAUCAACAGGUUUUCCGGAAGAAAAACCUACUCGACAAACUUUUAAAGUCUACUGAGGAAGCAAGGGAGCAACAUCAGAAGGAAUUUGAACGACUUUCUCUUGAAAAGCUCACAGAAAUGGCAUAUCAGAAAUACAUGAGCUGUUGGGGUAAGAGUACUAGCGGCAAAAUGGCUAAACAAGCUCCCGCUUUGAAUUUUGUCAAACGGACACUAAACCGAUGCCGUGAAUUUCAAACCACUGGCAAAAGCUGCUUUUCUGAGCCCUUGUUUAAGGAUAUAUUCCACUCACGCUUAAAUCAUACACAAGUUGAUGAUGAUGUCACCGAUGAUCAAUAUAGGAAGGCCGAUGAAAAGUUUUCAGGUACACAAUUAAGCUCCAUGCAUCCAUCUGAGCAAAGUGUUGGCAAAGAUAACAACAUAUGGUCAAGCAGGAGUAAGAAGAGAGAGUUGUACCUUGAUGAUGUUCCUGCUGGUAUGACUUGUACCUCUCCAGGGGUAGGAAGAGUAAUUAUAAACAGUGUAAAAGGAAAGAGAAGUGAAAGGGACCCUAGAAACGGAGGUCCUAAAGUUGGGCGACCCGCAAAGGCUAAAUCGAAACUGAAACAAAAAACAACUCAAUUAUCUUCAUCUGUUGAUGGUAAAUUUCCAGAUCACCCAAGGGCAAAAGCAUCUUUUGUUCCGAAGCCCACCAUGAACGAAAAGGAUGAGUGUCUGUUAACGGAAGAGGAGGAACCACUUGAUUUGUCCCACCUGCAACUACCUGAAAUGGUUGACUUUGGUGGUCAAGGGGAAGACAUAGGUUCAUGGUUAAAUAUCGAUGAUGAUAUUUUUCCACAUGAUGACGAUUUCAUGGGACUCGAGAUUCCAAUGGAUGAUUUAACAGACUUAAAUAUGAUGGUUUAAAAUUUUGUUAUGUUGUAUAGUAUACUCACUUACAAGAUGACACGUGUCAUGCUCAGGUGACAUUAGGCUAUUAUGAUUCUUUUUCCAAGAAGAAAAACGAGUGUUUUAGGUUUUGUCAGAUAGUUUGUUUAGGUUGUAAAUGUCGGCUUUUUGCUACCUAGUAUAUUGUAGCAAUUACUGAACAGGCCUCGGUGCCUCUUGUACAUACAAAUUAUAUUUCUAAUAAUAAAAUUUAUUGGUUCAUAUGUA